UCUACCAUCACCUUCAGUCUCUCACUCCUUCUCAGAGGUAGAGAGAGAAAGACAGUCAGAUACGAAAUUGGUCCCCCCCUCUCCCUCUCUCUCUCUCUCUCUCUCUCUCUCUCUCUCUCCUACGCGCUUCUGUUCCUCUCUCUAACCUUCAUUCACCAUACAUACUAUGAAACCUUGAAAAGAAAAGAGAGAAGAACCGCGACGACGAUCUAAUCUAUCUGAGAUGGGAAAGUACAUGAAGAAAUCCAAGAUCACGGGCGAUGUUGCAGUAAUGGAGGUGUCUCUCUCCCCCCAAUGUUCUCUCGGAGUCCGUACCAGAGCCAAAACCCUAGCCCUUCAACGCCAACAACAAGAAAAGCAACACCAGAAAUCGAUUUCCUCGCCGGACUUCGUCGACACCUCCUCCGACUCCUCCUCGUUCUCGUACCUCGAGCUCAGAAGCCGCCGGCUCGAGAAACCCCCACGGCUCGGCGACGCUAAGAGGCGGAAUCACCAGAACCAGAAGUCGGCCAUGGCGGAGCGUUGCUGCGGAGGAAACCCUAGCCCCCAAAUUCCGCGGCCCAAUUCGAGGUUGAGAGUGGAAUCGGAGGACAAGGAGGCUGUGGCUUUGGAAGGAGACGAAGCUGAGGAUUUCAACGAAGUCAUUUUGGAGGCCUCCUUUGGGGAAAACAAUUUGGACAUCGAAGGCAGAGAUAGGAGCACGAGAGAAAGCACACCUUGUAGCUUGAUAAGGGGGUCAGACACGGUAGGAACCCCAGGUUCGACAACGAGGCAAAAAAGUUAUACUGCAACAAGCCAAAGAGUUAGGAAUGACAUGCAAAGAAGUAUCCCAACAGCGCAUGAGAUGGACGAGUUCUUUGCCUUUGCAGAGCAGCAACAACAGAGAAUCUUCAUUGAGAAGUAUAAUUUUGACAUUGUGAAAGAUUCACCCCUUCCAGGAAGGUACGAAUGGGUUCAAGUAAUUCCCUGAUGAGGGUACAAUUUAAUUGGAAUUUGAGACCAACUUCUGAAAUUCACGGUUGAAGCGGUUUCAAUAUUCCUUCAGAGACCAUGUAACGUUGAGUUAAGAGGAGUUUAGAUUAACAAGCAAUAACUUUGUGGACCUCUAGAACCACUCCCAAAAGUAAUAUAAGAUCAUACUCCUUUGUUCAAUAGAACAGAAUCCUUUGAGAAUAUUGGGGAAUAAUUAGUUGUUCAGGUCUUUUUAAUUCUAUCAUUGUAAUUGUUUUUAGGAGGUAUAUCUAGCUACUAGAUUUUCAUUCUAAACCGUUGUCCAUAUUUAGGUAGGAUAACUUCGGAAAUAAAUGUAAUUGAUUUCCUUUACCAUAUCUUUGUCUU